AUGGCAACGUACCUUAUCACCGGCGCCUCCCGCGGCCUCGGUUUUAGUCUUGCGGCUGCACUCGCUAGUGAACCAGUCUCAGUCGCUGGUCUCGUCUUUCUCACCUCGCGGACCACGAAUACUCCGCAAAUCGCAGAGCUGGUCAAAAGGUCAAAAGGACGCGUUGUCCCCGUCCAGCUGGACCCGAAUGAGCCCGAGAGUCUCCGAGCGGCCGUCGAGUUUGUCGAAAAUCGCGUCCAGGGGAGGGGGCUGGAUGUGCUGGUGAACAAUGCCGGCAUGAUGAGGUUCACUGGGGGGAAGGUAGGGGAGUUGUCAGCCACGGAUCUCACCGAGGUUUUCCAUACGAACGUGACACUUACGCAACUGGUUACAAGUUCAUUCUUGCCACUUGUACGGCAGGGUUCGAGGAAGAUUAUUGCGAACAUCUCCAGCACCGUCGGCUCAAUCACCCUCGGGCCCGCAUUCAGCAUGAACUCCGCCUACGCGUACAAGAUCUCCAAGGCCGCGAUGAACAUGCUCACGAUGCAGUAUGCGGUGGAUUAUAAAAGUGAAGGGUUUACUGCUUUUGCGAUUAGCCCCGGGUGGCUCAAAACAGACCUCGGCGGCCCAUACGCCGACCUCCCCGUUGAAGUGGGCACAAAGGAGGUGCUGCGGUAUCUGAAGGAGGCGGGGCCGGAGUUCAACGGGCGGUUCUUGAAUAUCCAUGCUCCUGGGUGGGAGGAUGCGCCUAGGUCGAAUCGGUAUGAUGGGAAGGAUGCGCCGUGGUGAGGGUAGAAAAAGCCUAGGAAACAUGAUAGAUGGAUUAUUUUGAG